UAUACUGGUAAGAGUUUUUAUCAUUCUGGUAAGAGUUUUUAUUAUUCUGGUAAGAGUAGUUUUUAUUAUUAUGGUAACAGUUUUUAUCAUUCUGGUAAGAGUUUUUAUUAUUCUGGUAAAAGUUUUUAUCAUUCUGGUAAGAGUUUUUAUUAUUCUGGUAAGAGUUUUUAUCAUUCUGGUAAAAGUUUUUAUCAUUCUGGUAAGAGUUUUUAUCAUUCUGGUAAGAGUUUUUAUUAUUCUGGUAACAGUUUUUAUCAUUCUGGUAAAAGUUUUUAUCAUUCUGAUAAGAGUUUUUAU